GAUCCCUUGUUCUGUCAAGAGAAAACAAAAGCAUCUCCAGUUGUUAAUAAGUCAGUCUUCAUACCUUGUAGAAAAAAAACUGUCCUUUUAGUUUUUUAUAACUUGCAUACAUAUUUAGUAAACUCUACUUUGUCUGGUCUGGCUGUGGUCUUGUACAUAUUUAACACCGGCAGCUAGCACCUCCACCCUCAUGCAUGCAUUCCUCGCCAUAUCAGUCUAAACCAUAUCUUAACAACUCUUUUUUUUUUUUUAUCAAAUGGAACCUUCCUUGCGACAUUUUUUUGUUACCUCAACCCCAUGUCCGUGCAAAAAAGGAUACUUCAGCUACAUUUUUUUUUUCUUAAGGUUUGAGAUCUAAAGUCUUGAUAAACUCUGUCAUUUGGUUUUUCCUAUAAAAACCCAAUACCUAGUGAUAUAGACUCUAUUGCCUAUUGCUUGCUAUAUCUCCUCAAACCCUAUUUUUUUGUAUUCUUCUUCAGUAACUUAUACUACUUCUUUCUGUUUCUUUAACGAAAAAGAGAGGGGAAAAGAAUGACAUUGUUCCCUAAUUUCAAUGCUCUCAGGGACUUGCACAACUCUGCCAACGAUCUCCUCCACUCGCCGGAAAUUAAACAAGUUCUUGUCCAUAAGGAACAAGAAAAAUGGGUUAAUGAAGUCUGCGAAUCAUCUCUUACAAUGUUAGACGUUUGUGGCAUUUCUAGAGAUGUUCUCUUACUCGUUAAACAGCAUCUUCUAGACCUACAAUUCACUCUGCGCAGGAAAAUAUUUAGCGAGCCAAAUAUUAAUGCAAAGAUAGCAACGUAUAAUCACUAUAGAAAGAAACUAAGGAAGGAGACUUUAAAAUGUCUCCGGUCACUUAACGGAAUGAAGACGAAAUCAGAUAUACCUAAUGUUGAUCAUGAGCUUAUGGUUGUUUUACAGGUUCUAAGAGAAGUGAGAGUAACAACUAUCUCCAUUGUUGAGUCUUUAUCGUCUCUCAUUUCUAUUCCUUGGUUGGAUCAGAAAUCGAGUAGAGUGUCUUUGAUCAGAUCGAAGUUCUUUAUUAGCUCGAGUUGUCGAAACGGCCUGUAUGAAUUUUGUGACGAAACGGCACUUCAGAGUGCGAAUAAGAGAUUGGAAGCGGUGGAAAUUGCCAUUGAAGAUCUUGAAAUGGAAUUAGAGUGCAUAUUCAGGCGUUUGAUCCAAACUAGGGUUUUACUUCUUAAUGUACUUAACAAUUAGGAUAUAAAACAUUCCUUACUUUUAACUUUUUAAAGGAAUUGAUUUCUUUAAGCUAAAUAUAAUUAACCUUUCAUUUUCGAUAAUAUGUAUCAUCAUGUUUAACCCAAUUUAUUGUAAUAAAGUAUGGCAGCCCCUAUUUGCAUUUA